AUGCACAUCAGCGAUACUCUAUGGAUACACCGUCAGAGGGCUUCAUUUUCAACCUUGUUGCUUCUCUCCAUCAUGGCACCCAGCGGAGACUCAGACACCAAGGACAAGAUUCAGUCCUCGACCGCACUCGCCUCGUCCAUCGAAACGGCCUCCAAGUCGUCCAGGUCAUCAACCCACGAAAAAGAAAAGGAAUCGCCAGAGGCUAUCCGUCAACGCAUUCUUGACCAAGAGGCCGAGUUCCGCGCCUCUCAAAAGCCCACAACCAACCUCGCCUCGUUCUGGUCCUGGAAGAAAAGUGAGAGCCGCCGCCCCGAAGAUAUUGCCACCCAGCCUUCUAUCUUCGACAACCCCGAACUCGCCCCGUAUUUCCAGCCGACCGAGCGCUAUGAGAAUCGUCAUCGCUUUGAUCCCUCCUUCAAGUGGACUUGGGCAGAGGAGAUUCCGUUGAUCAGAAAGAUAGAUUGGAAGGUCACCGCGUGGAGUUGCGUUGCCUUUUUCGCCUUGGAUUUGGACAGGAGCAAUAUCUCACAAGCCAACACGGACAACUUCCUGGACGACCUGGGGUUGGACACCAAUGACUACAACUUGGGCCAGACUGUGUUCCGAAUCAGUUUCCUGUUGGCCGAGUUGCCUUCGCAACUGAUCAGUAAGAAGAUUGGUCCUGAUCGAUGGAUUCCAGCUCAGAUGGUUCUCUGGAGUAUCGUGAGUGCGGCACAAUUUUGGCUCAAAGGACGAUCAUCCUUUUUGGCAACGAGAGCAUUGAUUGGAUUGCUCCAAGGCGGCUUUAUUCCCGAUGUGAUCUUGUACAUGUCCUACUUCUUCAAAGGCACAGAACUUCCUUUCCGCCUGGCGCUGUUUUGGAUGGCAAAUCGAUUAACAGAUGUCAUAUCCCCCCUAUUGGCAUACGGACUCCUGAGACUGAGAGGAUAUCAUGGAUAUGAAGGGUGGCGGUGGCUAUUCCUCCUGGAGGGCAUUCUGACACUGGUGAUCGGUAUUUGGUCCUACUUCCAGAUGGUACCUUCACCAACGCAGACCAAAGCUCCCUGGCGCAAGAAGGGAUGGUUCACGGAACAUGAAGAGAAAAUCAUGGUCAAUCGUAUCCUGAGGGACGAUCCUUCCAAGAGUGACAUGCAUAACCGGCAAGCCAUCACUUUCAAGCUACUUUGGGAAUCUCUUUGUGACUUUGACUUAUGGCCAAUCUACCUCAUCGGCCUUACUUUCUCCAUGCCUGCCGGCCCACCGGAUCAAUACUUGACUUUGACGCUCCGGCAGUUGGGUUUCGAUACGUUUGACUCCAACCUGCUCAGCAUCCCUUGCCAAAUCACCUGCACCAUCAGUAUGCUCCUCAUCACAUAUCUGUCCGAGAAGCUGAACCAAAGGGCCUUCAUGGGAGUGGUGAUGCAAGUGUGGCUUCUGCCAUGUGUUGUAGCCCUCUAUCUGCUACCAGCCGACGCAUCAAGAUGGGCGGCAUACGCCGUCGUCACGGUAUUGCUGUCCUAUCCUUCCACUCACGCGAUGCAAGUGGGAUGGUGCAGCAGAAAUAGCAAUACCGUGCGCACACGUACCGUCUCUGCUGCGCUUUACAACAUGGCAGUCCAAACCAACAGUAUCAUAUCCUCCAACAUUUACCGACGAGACGACCGACCGGAAUACCGACGUGGUAACAGGGCCCUGAUUGGCAUUGCAAGCAUGAAUAUUGUCAAUUACCUGCUGGUCAAGGCUUAUUACGUAUGGAGAAACAAGAAGCGAGACGAAACCUGGGACAGGAUGAGCCAAGAGGAGCGGCGAAAUUACUUGGCUACCACGACGGACAAGGGAAGCAAGAGACUGGACUUUAGAUUCGCACAUUAGUCAAGAGAGACGGGGUUGAGACAGGAUUGCUGUACCCUGGAAAUGUAAUAGUUCGGUGUAGGCAACUCUCGGACGUCAGACUGCUCAACGAAUGACCAUGAGAGAUGAUGUUAUUUACCUUGCUUAUAAUUCGGCAGUCAAGUGCAUCACUUAAAGUUUAAUCUCACACAUAACUGGAAGUGGGGGACUUAACAUAGGGCAGGAGCACAAAGAAGUGGACUGCCGGGCUGUUCCUUGCUUCCCUUUGCGUGCCGCUUAGACCGUCUUGUGGCAAGAACAAGGAAAAGUCGACAAUGCCUUUGUUGGGACAAGAAUAGGUUUCUGACCCUCAAGCUGUAAGCAUUAAAGACGGGCUUUUGCUCCCAUUGGCAUCUUCUCUUAGAUUCCCUUCAUCCUCACAAAAGCCUUUCUCUCACAACAAGUAAGACGGAGGCAGAAAGCACUAACAACAACAUUCAACACGUCAUCCUCACCAUUGACUGGUUGGACCUCGUAGCAUCCCGGCCCUGCUCCAUCACCCCGAGCGAAUCCGCCAGC